GCAUCGACCUUGAAUAGCAUAGCAUCAACUAUACAUCAUGGCAACUGUCGAAGUAACAACCAGUUCUGUGGACUACAAGUCCAGUAGCAAGACUACUGGCUUGAAAACCGGUACCAAAGGGUUGGUAACACUCGAUACCUAUGGAAAAGAAUUCAAGGUGCCAGAUUACACCAUCAAAGACAUUUUGUCGGCAAUUCCCAAACACUGUUACGAAAGAUCUUUGGUCAGAUCAUUGGGAUAUGUUGUUCGUGAUAUUGUUAUGAUGUGUGUUAUAUCUUAUUUGGGUCACAGAUUCAUUCCCCAGGUGCAGUUGGAAGGAUAUGAAACUGCUUUCAAGUACAUCCGAGGUGGAUUAUGGUGUUUUCAAUCAUAUUUGAUGGGGUUGUUUGGCUUCGGUUUGUGGAUUUUAGCCCAUGAAUGUGGCCAUGGAGCUUUCUCUGACUACCAGAAUGUCAAUGAUUUUGUUGGAUGGGUGAUUCACAGUUAUUUGGUGGUUCCAUACUUCUCAUGGAAAUUCAGUCACUCUAAGCACCACAAAGCUACUGGUCACUUGACCAGAGACAUGGUGUUCGUUCCAUACACCAAAGAGGAGUAUGUGGAAGCACAUCAAGCCAAUAAGAUCUCUGAGAUCAUGGAGGAAUCACCUAUCUACACGUUCUUGGUGUUGGUAUUCCAGCAGUUGGGUGGUCUUCAAUUAUACUUGACCACCAACGCUACUGGACAGUCGAUCCCUGGCUACUCCAAGAUUGCCAAGUCCCACUACGCUCCAAAAUCUCCAAUCUUCGAACCCAACCAAUUUUGGUACAUUGUCUUAUCAGAUAUUGGAAUCAUUUCCACCUUCUUAGUUGUCUACCAAUGGUAUCUUUCGUUCGGGAUAUUCCACAUGGCGGUCAACUGGUUCAUGCCAUGGUUAUGGGUUAACCACUGGUUGGUGUUUGUGACUUUCUUACAGCACACCGAUCCAACAAUGCCUCAUUACAAGGAUAGCGAAUGGACAUUUGCCCGAGGAGCAGCAGCCACCAUCGACCGUGAUUUCGGAUUCAUUGGCCAACACAUUUUCCACGAUAUCAUCGAAACCCAUGUUUUGCACCACUAUGUUUCAAGAAUUCCAUUCUAUAAUGCCAGAGAUGCCACUAAAGCCAUCAGAGAAGUUAUGGGUGAUCACUACAGAUAUGACGGCACUUCCAUGUGGAUUGCCUUGUGGUCAUGCAUUAGGGCUUGUCAGUUUGUUGAUGAUGAUAACGAAAACGCCAAAGGUGUCAUGAUGUUUAGAAACGUCAACAACAUUGGUGUGAAGCCAAAGGACUAAAGGUUCAUUGGUGCAACGCCAAGCCGAUACUUUGGCUCUUAUUUAUAUUGUAUUUACAGCUCAUAUCAGAAAAGGUUACCACAGCCAACUUUAGAUCAUAUAGAAUUUUAAAUAGAUGCUUAUGUCAAUUGUUAGUAUUAUGAUGGUUCCGGUUGGUUAAAAA